ACCCACUUUACCUAAAGCAGAAAUUAAAGCCAGGAGGCGCCAUCCCUUGUGGGCACCUGAAAAGUACAAAACGAAGUCUGGGGACAGUUCAAAGGCGCUUAAGUUGACCAGUGGCAAUUUUUGUUUCCCGCCCCCCUGCACACGCGAAAGCGCUUGCGCUGCCAUUGGCUCCCGCUGGGGCUUGUGUCCAGAGUAGCAGACAGCCAUGGUGGCCCCGCGGGCCUGGCGCUGACAGACCCUGGAGCAGUGUCUCACAGAGGUCGGCAAAGCCACCGGCUGGCACCAGUGCAUCCUCACGUAAGUGCGCAGAUCCCGAGCUCGGGUGGGACUGAGGUCGCACGUGGACGCGAGUUGCAGACUCCUGGCAAAUUGUGGAGCUAAGGGAAGGAUUCAAGAUGGACUGGCAUCAAAGUUCACUUCUUUAACAAAAGUACUUUAUGACUUUAAUAAAAUUAAUUAGAGAAUAGUGGGAUCCGUGGAAGCCCUUUAUAAAAACUUGUGAUAGAAAGUUUUGAUGAUGAGCAGACUUUGCAACAACUGGAAAUGCAAAAUGAACCAAUUUUACAACACUUCCAAAAUGCAGUUAGUGAAACGCAGAUGAAGAUAUCAGUCUUCUCCCAGAGAGUGAAGAACAGGAGUGUGAAGAGGCUGGUUCAGAGACAGAGGCUGGUGGCCAGGAGGACCUAGAAGAUUUAGAGGAGAAAGAGGAAGUGUCAGAUAUGGGUGGUGACAAUCCUGAGGUGGGUAAGAAAGCUAAAAACUCAAGCAAAUUUGAACUGAGGAAAAGCCCAGUUUUCAGUGAUGUGGAUUCUGACCUUGACUUUGAUAUCAACAAAUUGGAACAGCAGAGCAAGGUGCAAAACAAAGGACUUGGAAAACCAAGAGAAAAGUCCACGGUAGACGAGAAAUUCUCCCAACUCUCUGAAAUGGAGGCCUAUUUAGAAAAAGAAAAAGAAGAGGAACAAAAAGAUGAUAAUGAUGAUGAGUCAGGUGAAAGUUCCAGAAAUGUGAGGUACAAAGAUUUUUUUGAUCCAGUUGGAAGUGAUCAAGACAUAGCAAGUGAUCAUGAUGAUGAGCUGGGUUCAAACAAGAUGAUGAAAUUGCUGAAGAGGAAGCAGAAGAACUAAGCAUUUCUGAAAUGUGAGUAUUUUGAACCAUCCUUUACAUUGUGA